AUGAAGAAUUUAUCUUUAUGGCAAGUUACUUCAAAGAAGCAAUUCGAUUUCCAAGAAAAGUAUUGGAUUUGUUAUGGUCAUCAAGAAGAAUCUGAUACCGGAGAUUUUUUCGUGUGUUCAAAUAGCCUUAACAUAUGCAAUGUUAAUUCUUGUGGUGAAACUGUAUGGACCAAAAAUUUAUCAGAUAUGGUAUCAUCAGAAAAUGCACCAGUAAAUAUAACAUUUUUAGGAUUGAUCAAUUGCGUGAGUGUUGGCCUUGCAAAUGGUGAACUUAUAACUUUAAGUAAUUUCGGUGCUACUAGUGAUUUGGCCGGUGUAUGUGAUAAUGGAUUAUUGGCUAUGGAAUGGAGUCCUGAUCAGGAGCUAUUAGUUUUAGUGACAAAAGAUUUAAAAGUAAUUUUAAUGUCUUGCACAUAUGAUCCAAUAAAUGAACAAAGUUUGAUAAGUGAAGAAUUUGGAGAAAAACAGUUUGUAACUGUUGGCUGGGGGAAAAAAGAAACACAGUUUCAUGGAUCUGAAGGAAAGCAUGCAAGAACAAAAACUGAUGUUGUUGCUGAUGACAAUAUUGAGGACAGUAAUAGAAUUCUAAUAUCUUGGAGGGGAGAUGGCAAUUUAUUUGCAGUUGGGUUCACAAUGGAAGGUAUUAGAAGAUUCAAAGUUUUCGACAGAGAAGGAAAUUUGCAAUAUACUAGUGAAAAACAAACCGGACUUGAAGCAAAUUUAUCAUGGAGGCCUAGUGGAAAUGUUAUUGCAACAACACAAAAGAUAGCCGACAAACAUAUUGUCGCAUUCUUUGAAAAAAAUGGCCUUAAACAUGGAAGUUUUGACAUACCCAUCAACUCAAAUACUAUUGUAGAAGAUUUACUUUGGAGUUCUGAUUCUGAAAUACUAACUAUAGUAUGUAAGGAUAAAUCAGACAGUUCACAAAAGAUUUUACUCUUCACAACCAGCAAUUACCAUUGGUAUCUCAAACAAACUUUAGUAUUUGAAAAAAGUAUAAGUAAAGUGCUAUGGGACAAUGAUUUUGAAGUUGUUAAUAAUAAAAAAUUGCAUGUUGUAUUAGAAAAUGGCCAGUAUUACUCAUACACAUGGGUAUGGAGUAUAGAUCAUAGCAAUGGUAAAAGUGAAGAGGAUGAUGCUGUUGUAGCAGUCAUAGAUGGAAAGAAAGUUUUAAUAUCAGCUUUUAGACAUUCAGUUGUUCCACCACCUAUGAGUAAUGUGGAAUUAGAAUUGCACUCUGAUGUGAACUCAGUGAUUUUCUCUCCUGGAAAUUCAUUAAAUUCUAAUUUAUUAGUAAUAUUGACUGUAAAAAGUUUAGUGUUUUUAGAGCAAACUAUAAAAAAUCCUUUACUAUAUACAAUAUCUAAAGAAGUAGCUUUGGACAAAAAUGACUUUCCAUUCCAAUAUUAUAACUGGCAUUGGUUAGAUGAAGAGAGGUUCAUAUGUACAAAAGUUGGAAAUGAUUCAUAUGAAGUAGUUCAAUUCAAAGUAUGUGAUAAUAAACUUAUUGAAGAGAACUCACAAUCUGUACAUUCAGCUGUAUCAAGAGUUCAAAGUCAUCCAUUAUUACCAUCAGCUGCAUUUUUACAACUCAUUUCUGGUGAGAUUUUGGAAUACAAUCAAGAUUGUAUUACACCUCAAGAAGUUUCAUUCCCUGAAGCCUGCCAAAAGUUUUCUGUUUUAUCAAUACAUAAUGAUAUAUAUUUUCUUGGUCUUUCCCAUAAAGGUGGUUUUUAUAUAAUGGAUAGACUAAUUAUUAAUAAUGUAAGCUCAUUUUUCAUUCACACCAGCUUUUUACUCCUUACAACUUUAAAACAUGAAUUAGUUUGCACAGAAAUAUCUAAAUCUGGCCUUGAAAGACUGGAAGCAUAUGAUAAAAUAGAAAAUAUUGAUAUAUUUAAAAGAAACAUAGAAAGAGGUGCAAAAUUAGUUGUUGUAGUUCCAAAAGAUACAAGGACUAUUUUUCAAAUGCCAAGAGGAAAUUUAGAAACAAUUCAACCAAGACCUUUGUCACUAAAAAUUAUUGGAGAAUAUCUUGAUUCACGAAAAUAUUAUGAAGCGUUUGAUCUAAUGAGAAAGCAAAGAAUAAAUCUGAAUUUGAUUUUUGAUCAUGAUCCAGACCUUUUCAUAAAGAGUAUUGAUGUGUUUUUAGAAUCUAUAAAGAACAAUUCAUGGCUUAACCUCUUCUUGACAGAUUUAGAAAAUAUUGAUGUCACUAAAACCAUGUAUUCCAGCAGCUAUUCAAAUAAAACAUCAAAUGUAACUGUAAAUAACAAGAUACAUUUUAUAUGUGACAAAGUAAGGUCACAUUUAAUAGCUGCAUCAAAUAAUGCCACCAGAGUGUUAACGUUACUGACGACAUUUGUGAAGAAAAAUACCAUAAAAGAUUUAGAGCAAGCUUUAGUAGUUAUUAAAGACUUAAAAUUACAAGAAUCAGCUGGAUCAAAACUUCCAGUUACUUCUGAUGAAGCACUAAAAUAUCUAUUAUAUAUGGUGAAUGUAGACCAUUUGUUUGACGUUGCCUUGGGAAUGUAUGAUUUCGAUCUUGUACUAUUAGUUGCAAAUAAAUCACAAAAAGAUCCAAAAGAAUAUGUUGCAAUGCUCAAUGAAUUGAAUGAAAUGGACGAAAAUUAUAAAAGAUUCACCAUUAACAAGCAUUUGAAAAGGUUUGACAGAGCAGUGCAAUGUCUUGCUAAAUGUGGUGAAAACAGAUAUGGAGAGUUACGCACAUUUGUUAAAUAUCAUAGUCUUUACAGAGACGCUCUAGCUCUGUUUUCUAUUGAUGAUGAAAUUUAUAAGCAAAUAUCUGAUGAUUUCGGUCUUUAUUUGAAAUUAAAGAAGCAAUAUGUUGAAGCUGGUAUUGUUUAUGAAAUGGCUAAAAGUAAUGAUAAAGCUAUUGAAUGUUAUAAGGAUGCUUUAGAGUGGGAGUUGGCUUUAAAGUUAGCACAUGAGAUGCCUAAAAAUGAAUUUACAACAUUGUGCUGGGAUCUUGCAACAGCACUAAAGGAAGAGAAAAGACACAAUGAAGCCUUAAGAAUCUUGGAGCAAUUAUUGGAUAAUAAUGAAGAAAUCAUUUUAUUUGCAAUUGAAUGUGGCCAAUACAAAACUGCUUUACGAUUGUGUGCAAAAUCUAAUAGAUUAGACCUAAAAGAAACAAAGUUAUCGCCAGCGCUAUUAGAAGAAUAUGACAAUCUUCAGGAUUUAUUAGAAACAAGCAAAAGUAACUUUACAAAGUAUAGAAAUAGACUACAAGUUGUAAGAGAAAUGAAAAGCAAGAAACCUAUGGACAGUUAUGAAGCUUAUGGAGGAAAUAAGGACUGUGAUUUAUAUUCUGAUGCUGGAAGUACUAUUGCUUCUUCGUCUGGAUCAGGGAGAUCAUAUCGGUCUAGUAAAAACAGAAGGAAGCACGAGCGUAAAGUUGCAUCUCUGAAAGAAGGGUCUCAGUAUGAGGACACCGCGCUAGUACUAGCUCUACAUAGUCUGGUGACGUCAGCAUUUGAACUGCGAAUGCACGUGAAGGAAAUCAACACAGCUUUGUGUUGUUUGAACAUGAAUGAUAAAGCUUUAAUUCUACAGACAAAUCUGGAAAAAAUACUUAAAGAAAUGAAAGAUAGCUUUAAACAGAUAUGGAAUAAUGAAUUUGCUCUGGAAGCCGUCAAUGCAGCGAUAGUGGCAGAGAAUGUUCCAGAAGGCAGCAGUGUGAUACCUCAAGGCAUUGCUACUUUAGAACCUCAUUUAAUGAUAGCACCAAUUGUACAGGAUCUCAACUGGAAAUUGGAAGGAUUAAAUUAU